CCUCGAUUUCACUUGAUGGUUUCCUCCCACCCUGUCCGCUGAGAUCUCGCGAUGUCUGACUCUGAGAUGCACCAGCAGCAACCCAGCGAGCCCUUCGCCGUAACUCUGUCACGCGUCGGGGCACCAGCCUUUGCCCUGUCCGCCACCAAAGAGUUGGCCUUCGGCAUUGACGAUGGUUCCCUCUCACCUGCCGCAGCGGCCCGGCUGCUGACGCAGCAGAAGGCCGACCCCAACGGGCGGUAUCGCAAGGGCAGCUGGCUGGGCGGUCGACCUGAGCCUUGGCCUUCCCUGCUGCAUCUGGUUGCCCACAAAUGCGUCGGAGAGGAUGGUGCCGCGAUGCUGGACUGCCUCCUCCGAGCCGGAGCCUCCGUGAACUAUGCCACCAAUAGCUACCCCGACAACGGGAGACCACUGGACAUCCUGCUAGGCCGCCUGCGUUGUGCCGACCCCCGUCUGCUGUCGGCCCUCCUGCCCAUGAUCGACACCCUCCUGAGGCACGGCGCCAGGUGCGAGAAUGGUGGCUAUGGUGCGCUGCGGUGGCUCUUCGCCAGUUCCGCCAUUGAAGAGAUCUCGGCCACGGAGUGGCUGGAGGUCGUCACCCGGCUGACCACUGCCGCAGCAGCAGCACCCACACCACCCAGCCUCUACGGGUACUCGACUCUCAAGUUGGCGUGCAAGUGCCGGUUCCGACAGGAGGAGGAGCAGCAGCAGCUACAGGAGCAGCAGCAGCAGCAGCAGCAGGACGGCUCGCACGAUGGCCAGACGGACGCCCACAUCGCCAUUCUCGAGAAACUAGUAGAGGGGAUGGGGCGGGAGGUGGUCGAGGCGGACAGGGGUACUGGUGCGUUGAAUCACGCCGUGGACAGUCAGAACAGGGCCAUUAUGUACUGGCUGGUUAGGCAGCAGGGGGUGAGGGCUGAUGGUGGCACGCUCUCUCGUGCUCACUGGGAUGUCGAUGUGAUAUCAUUUCUGGUGCGUGAGGCAGGAGCUCAGGUAGAUGAUGGGUGGUGGCAGCCCCUUCUCGCGUUUGUGCAGGGAUGCUACCACACUGCUGCGCAGCACCUGAUCCAAUUGGGGGCAUCGGUAGACAGAGCACUCACCCACCUUCCCACGACAGCCAGAGAUAAGCAGCGCAUUUUGUCGGUGUAUCACGACUAUCUCAAUCGCUCUGUCCCCACACACGCCAUGGGCUUCAUCAACACGUCCCUCGCCCCUCUGCGCACUCUGUCUGCCCUGUCGGCUUCCCACUCUGUGUUCGCUCUGAGUGUGUUGUGCAGUCAGAUUGCCUCAUACAUAGAGCCCCCCUCUCUGCCCUUCUCAAAUCGCACGCCACUCGGGCGGCGGCUCAAUGCGGCACUGCGGUUUUUCGUCUCGCGUGUCUGCAAUGUGGCCAGCCCGUCUCUGCGGCGGCGUCUGUUUCGGCACACUGCCUUCGUCACGCCACACACCACACACAGACACAUCAGACAGCCAGGGAGAGGGAGGGGGCGGGCAGGUAGACGAGGGCAUCGUGUGUGGCCUCCGUGACGUGAUCCACCUGAUUCGAUGUCAGGAGGCGCAGCGCUAUGCGCUGCCCCACAUCGACAGGGGAUUCGGCAAUGGCGAGCCAUUCGAGUGCUCGUUCGAUGGCCGUGUGGUGGUGGGCGGGACGGGGGGAGGCCAGUGUGCGGUGAAGGUGAUACAUGGGUGGGAGGGGAUGGGUGGGAGGGGGCCGCCCGGUGCGCUGUGGGGUGACGACGAGUCAUCGGAUGAUGAUAUCUUGGAUAGCGACGACGACCUAGAUGAGGAGGACAACAUCGAUGAGGUCAGCAGAGGGGUAGACAGUCACAUGCAUGUGACGAUUCGCUGUUGUUUGUUUGCAGGAUGGUAUGGAUGAGGACGGCCUGGAGGACGGCGGGGACGGCGAGGAUCUAGAUGAGGUGGAAGGAGGCACGCGCACACACGUGCCAUGUCAUCCAUGCCCACUCAUCAAUGUGUGCGGUCUGUGUAUGUGUGAAGGGUUCCGUGGCCGAGGACGGCAUGGGCGGCGACUCGGGAGAGGAGGAGCAUGAUGGCGAUGUGAUCGACGAUGACGAUGACGACGAGCAGCAGCAGCAACAGCACACGGAGGACAACCAGUGAGUUGAGGGGGGAGGGGUGGGUGGGGGCAUUCUGCAUGGCUACACACAUGGCUGUCUGUCUGUCUCUCUCUCUCACAGGAGUGUCGAUGAGAUGGAUGAGGAGCACAGCAGCAGCGAUCGGCUCAUCUGAAAGGCUGUGUACGCCAAGCGACUCGCAGACCACCGGCCUCUCUCCUCUGCUGCUGCUCACGGCUGUGUUUGGUUGUCUGUGUGGUUCAGAUCACACAUAACGUCCAUCUACUGAUUGCCCCUGGCCGACCAGUACGUAUCGUGGCCCCCUGGCUGCUGCUGCAGGAGGGCGGCUGUUGUGUAGAUGAUGUCCAUAUCUGUGUGCUGGUUGGCUGGAUGGCUGGUUGGCUGGAUGGAUCCAUGGUACACAUUCGAUGUGUCUGUGUCUGUGUGUGUCCAUGUGUGAGACC